UGUGCGGCGGCAAAAACAACCACCAAAAAAAUCGAUGUUUGCAGCAGCAGUGGAGAAAGAAAAGAUGAAGUUUAUGGUGCAGGCAUGUAGCAAAAGAAGCCGAGCCAGGGUUGGCCUUCUUCAAUUACAUUUACAAUCAUCAAAUAAUAAUAAAAAUAUAGAUACAGAUAUAGAUAUAGAUAUAGAGACACCAGGGCUAUUACUUACAACAAGAAAAGGGCUUCCUGCUUUUAUAUCACCUGAUCAUCUUUCGUCUCUUCCUCAUUCUUCUCUUCUUCAGUUUAGCCCUUUGCAUUUCAUGGAGGGUCCUAACUCGAAGACAAUAUCAAAUAUUGGAGGAAUACACAAGCUUCUUGGUCUGAAUGACUACGGAUUUGUUGCCGUGCCACGGGAUUCUAUCUUAUCCCUUCCAGAAGCUAAUAGCAGUAACAAGCAUGGAGCAUCAUUUGAGACCGCGUCUGGUCGUUUCUUGGUGAAACCUAUGGAGUACAUGAAAAUGAUUACUUCAAUGAAGCCCGACUUGUGGGCCAGUUUAGCUGAUGAAGUACCUGCUUCGGUUAAUGAAAAGAGGAAUAAAGCUUCUGUUGAUCGAACAAUUAGAUGGCUUGAUGAUUGCAUAUCACUAAAAUCGACAGAUGGAGCUCUUUUUGGAUCCAUUGUUGGAGGAUGCAGUGUUGAAGAACGCCAACGUUGUGCUCAGGAGGUAGCAAAAAGAAAUGUAUCUGGUUAUUAUAUUGGUGGCUUUGGGCUUGGAGAUAGCAUUGAUGAAAGAUCUACUUUUCUCCAUGCUGUUACGGGCUGUUUACCAAAGGACAAGCCUCGCCAAGUUUGUGGCCUUGGACUUCCAGAGGAGGUAUUACAGGGCAUUGCAGCGGGAAUUGAUCUCUUUGACUCUGCGUAUAUUUAUCAUCUGACUCUUGGGGGCUUUGCACUUAUUUUCCCACUUGAUGGCCGGUGUAAAGAUGUGCCUUCGGCUGGUGACCACACAAAGAUAAAUCUUAAAGCAACAAUUUAUAGGAAAGAUGCAACGCGGAUUGUUGAUGGCUGCAACUGUUACACAUGCCAGAAUCAUACAAAAGCAUACAUCAAUCAUCUUCUCAAUGUACAUGAAAUGCUGGCUCAGAUUUUGCUUGAAAUACAUAAUACACACCACUAUAUGUCGUUUUUCUGCGUAAUUAGAAAAGCAAUCAUGGAAGGAAACUUUGAGGAAUUGCGGCAGAAGUUCAUUGACAGUAGGCGUGAUCAUCUAUUGGCAGCUUUACCGAGUGUUUUUGGGGUAGAAUUAGAAACGUCGGUAAGGGCGUGAUGAACUUGGAGGAUACAAUAUGAGUGAUCUGCGCCUUUUUCUACUGCGAGUUUGAACGACUGAUUUGUUGCUCAAAGUGGGGGCAUGAUUACUGCAUUCUUAAGCAUCUUUUAUCUAGAUAAUGUCUAUUAAGAGUAGUCACGAGUAUAGCAUUCUGUAGCAUAUAACCUGAAAAGAUGUUAGAUUUUGUGAUAUCUUAAUUCUGGUCGGUGUUUGUCAAGUAUUAGUGAUACAUUAUUAAUAGAUUACGAAUGCAUAAACAAAGGGUCAUAUCUGUAACUGUUUUCACUGAUGGGUUUUAUUAAUUUUGAACCGGGUUAUCA